CCCAAACCAUGUGAUAAACUGGCAGUUUCCAAACUGUAGAAAUAACAAAUGGGUACGUAAUUCUGCUGUCCGGACACUCUUUCAAAUACUUGGAAGCCAUGGGCAAAAACUUUCAAAUAGGAUGUGGGAGAAUUGUCUGUGCAAUUAUGUUUUUCCUACACUUGAUUGUGCUUCUCACAUGGCGGCUACCUCAUCAAAAGCUGAAUGGCAAGGAAAAGAGCUUGGAACACGUGGAGGAAAAGCGGUUCAUAUGCUCAUACACCAUAGGAUGGGACUCUUUACUGUGCCUCGUUGAGAACAGCAUCUUGCAUGGUAGUAAAGAAGUUGCCCUUGCAGCAAUAAAUUGCUUGCAUUCCACCAUAGUUUCACAGUCUCCUAAGGUAAUAACUACUGGCCUUUCUGAGGACGAGGAGUGCUCAAAGGGUCAUUGCACCACACUUUCUUAUGAAUAGAUGUAACAUCUUGAUAAAACAGGGAAAUUUGCCACUUCCAUACCUUAUAUCUGUCCUUGAUAUUUACGAGCUUGUUCUUUCGAAGUUGCCAAACUACAGCAAUAGUGCAACCAGCAAAGUGAUACAAGAAAUCUUACUUAGUCUU